UCAUCCAGGAGAGAGUAGUGUUGUAUGUAAAAUGACUCUCUAUAAGAAGAAAGAGGAGGAUGAUGUUUACACACACAAAGUAGCAUCUCCAGAGCCCAGCUGUGUGUCUAUGAAGAGUGACGCAUCCAUGGGAUUAGGGCCUAAUCUCUGUGAUGGAGCAGUGACCUUUGACCCUGAUACUGCCUGUAAAAUCAGUCUGUCUGAGCAGAGAAAGGAGUUUUCUGCUCAAAAACGUAAAGCAGCAUCUCCAUCAACUGUGUUUAAAAAGAAAUGCAGAUCCAUGCAUCAUCUCCCUGAAGUCAGUGGUGGAGCAGUGACUUUUAACCCUAAAAAUGAUGUAAUCAGAUCAUUGAUGCCCCGUCUCACCUGCACUAACUCUGACUGUCAGACCCUCAUCAUGCAGAGAGUGAAAGACCAGCACAAAGCCAGCAUGAAGAACAAGUAUGAGAGCUUAUUUGAGGGAAUCAAAGAACAAGAGAAUCAAACCCUCCUGAACAGGAUCUACACACAGCUCUACAUCAUAGAUGGAGAGAGUGGAGGGGUGAAUGAAGAACAUGAGGUUUUACAGAUGGAGAAAAUACCCAGAGCACAACACUCACUCCAACACACUCAAAUCUGCUGCAAUGACAUAUUUAAAUCCUUACAUCAAGCAGAACCCGAGGAGCAAAGAAAACAGAAGAAAGACAAAAUCAAGACUGUUCUUACUAAAGGCAUCGCUGGAAUUGGAAAAACUGUCUCUGUGCAGAAGUUCAUUCUGGACUGGAGUGAGGGAAAAGCCAAUCAGGAUGUAGAUUUCAUGUUUGUGCUUCCAUUUCGAGAGCUGAACUUGAUUAAAGAUCACCAGUACAGUCUUCACAGACUUCUGCUGGACUUUCAUCCUGAACUUCAAGAUCUGGAAUCAAAGAUUUAUGAGGAGUGUAAAGUUGUAUUCAUCUUUGAUGGUCUGGAUGAAAGCAGAAUUACACUGUUUUCAUAUUAUGAGAAAGUUUGUGACAUGACUGAGUCGUCUUCAGUGGGUGUGUUGAUGUCAAACCUCAUUAGAGGAGAGCUGCUUCCCUCUGCUCUCAUCUGGAUCACCUCCAGACCAGCAGCAGCCAAUCAGAUCCCCUCACAAUACAUCAAACGUGUGACAGAAAUUCAGGGCUUCAGUGAGACUCAGAAGGAAGAAUAUUUCAGGAAGAAAAUCAGUGACAAGCAUCAAGCCAGCAGAAUCAUCUCACACAUUAGAAGAUCAAGAAGCCUCCACAUCAUGUGUCACAUCCCGGUGUUCUGCUGGAUCUCAGCCACUGUGCUUGAAAACCUCCUGAAACAAGAUGACAGUCCAGAAAUCCCUCAAACUCUGACUGAAAUGUACAUCCACUUCCUGCUGACUCAAAUCAACAUGAAAAAUCAAAAAUAUGAUGAGAGAAAACCAAAGAAAUUCCUGAAGUACAACAGACCUGUGAUUGUGAAACUUGCUGAACUGGCUUUCAAACAGCUGAUGAAGGGCAAUGUGAUGUUCUAUGAGGAGGACCUGAUUGAGAGCGGCAUAAACUUCACUGAUGCUGCGGUUUAUUCUGGGAUUUGCACCGAGAUCUUUAGAGAGGAAUCUGUGGUUCAUCAUAGAAAAAUCUACUGCUUCAUUCAUUUAAGCUUUCAGGAGUUUUUAGCUGCUUUCUAUGUAUUUUACUUGCAUUUACUUGGGAACAAAAAAUCACUAAAGUUGUUUCUGAAUGAGGGCAAUAUGUGGAAAAAAUCCCUGUAUGAGCUACUAAAAGCAUCAGUUGAUAAAUCCUUGAAGAGUAAAAAUGGACAUCUGUAUCUUUUCCUGCGGUUUCUGCUGGGCAUCUCACUGAGGUCCAAUCAGAGACUUUUACAGGAUCUACUGACACAUACCACGAACAGCUCAGAGACAAUCACACAGUACAUUAAAGACAAAAUCAAAGGUGAUGAAUAUCUCUCAGCUGACAGAUGCAUCAAUCUGUUCCUCUGUCUGCUGGAAAUGAAGGAUCAGACUUUGUACAGAGAGAUUCAAGAGUUUGUGAAAUCAGAGAAUCACUCAGUGAAUCAACUCUCUCCGUCUCACUGCUCAACAAUCGCCUACAUGCUUCAGAUAUCAGAGGAGGUGCUGGAUGAGUUUAAUUUGAAAAAAUACAACACAUCAUGUGAGGGUAGAAGGAGAUUGAUACCAGCUGUGGUGAACUGCAGAAAAGCUCUACUAGCUGGUUGUAAUCUCACUGAUCAGUACUGUGAAAGUUUGAAUUCAUGUCUACAAUCAUCCAACUCUUCAAUGAGAGAACUGGACCUGAGUAACAAUGACCUGCGGGAUUCAGGAGUGAAGCUUCUAUCUAAUGGACUGAAGAGUUCACAUUGUCAACUCAACAUACUGAGGUUGUCUAUCUGUAAUCUCACUGGUCAGUGCUGUGGAAGUUUGUUUUCAUGUCUACAAUCAUCAAACUCACUGAGAGAGCUGGACCUGAGUCACAAUAACCUGCAGGAUUCAGGAGCGAAGCUUCUGUCUGAUGGACUGAAGGGUUCAUGCUGUCAACUCAAACUGAAACUUGUUGGCUGUAAUCUCACUGAUCAGUGCUGUAAAAGUUUGUCUUUAUCUCUUCAAUCAUCAAACUCACUGAGAGAGCUGGACCUGAGUCACAAUAACCUGCAGGAUUCAGGAGUGAAGCUUCUGUCUGAUGGACUGAAGAGUUCACACUGUCAGCUCAACAUUCUGAGAUUGUCUGGCUGUAUGGUUACAGAGGAAGGCUGUUGUUUUCUGGCUUCAGCUCUGAGAUCAAACCCCUCACACCUGAGAGAGUUGGAUCUGAGCUACAAUCACCCAGGACAAUCAUUAGUCAAACUGCUCUCUGAUCCAAACUACAGACUGGACAAACUCAAUGUGGAUCAUGGAGGAGAGAUCAGAAUUGCAGCAGGACUAAAGAAAUAUGCAUGUGAUCUCACACUGGAUUUAAACACCGCAAACACUCAUCUGUCUCUAUCUGAGAGGAACAGAAAGGUGUCACAUGUGGAAGAGAAGCAGCCGUAUCCUGAUCAUCCCGAGAGGUUUGAUGAGUGUCUACAGGUUCUGUGUAAAGAGAGUCUGUCUGGAUGCUGUUACUGGGAGACUGAAAUGAGCGGAAUGGUUUAUAUAUCAGUGGCAUAUCAAGGAAUCAAAAGGAAUGGAAAGAGUAAUGAGUGUGUGUUUGGAUCCAAUGGAAAUUCCUGGACUCUGAACUGUUUUAAGAACAGAUUUACUGUCAAUCAUAACAAGACCACAAUCAUAUAUGGCUCUUCUUGCUCUACCAGAGUAGGAGUGUUUCUGAACUGGUCGGCCGGCACUCUGUCCUUCUACAGUGUCUCUGACACACACACAUUCACACGCUUACACACAUUUAAAACCACAUUCACUGAACCCCUCUAUGCUGGAUUUGGGGUAGAAGCUGGUAGUUCUGUGUCUCUGUUACCCCUUUUAUCACCUGCAUGAACCGGGUGCAAGUUCAGAGCCAGUGCUAUUGCCGGUUUCGAGUUGGUUCGAUUGGCGAGCCUUGUAAGAAACAAUUUGCCUUUCCAUGGGCUAGAAAGCCACAGCAGAUCCAGAUCUAAUGUCUCUAAAUAUGUCUUAUCUUUUCUAGCAAUGCUAGCAUGGCAGCACUAAACAAAAACACACAAGGCUUGCUCGAGAUGUGUUGGCGCCAAUAGGCGCAUGAUACCGUAGCACCGCGAGCAGGGCCUAAAAUUAACACUCGCCAAGCACCAAAUGGGAGUGAAAAUCUGCGUUGACGAGUAAAUUUAACAGUGCCAGUCGCUAAAUGGCAGGUAAAUCUGUAGUGAAAACAACAGCCAGUUUUUAAAGAAAAAGUUUUUGACAUAAGCGAGUAAAAUAAUCUUUUCCGAAUACAGGAUCAUUGAGGUUAGCUGUUCUGUCGUAAGCGACAAGAGCGAAUCAAAUAAUGGAAAACAAAUGGCUGAUAAGGUCAGAGCAGUGUGAUGGUCAGCUUGUCCCUAGACACAGUUCUAAUAACUUUUACCUGAGAAGAUAUUGCUGUUUCAGUUCACAAGAAUAUAUUUUCCCUUUCUUUAUUCUUCACAACCCGAGAAUGUGGCGACACAUACCUGUUUUUACGCCACCUAAAAGGUGCAGUAAAGUAUGGUUUGAAAGGCUGCACAUUCAGCUGUAUGCAUAUACUGAGCCUCUUCAGACAGCUCACCAGUAGCGCUUCAACAGACGAAAACGGAUAAAAGUGUUUGUCAAAAUGCGCUGUUUUGGUGAAUUACCUCACAGACGUAUUCUUAAAUGAGUUAUAAAGUCUUAAAUGAUCAUAAAGAGUUUGGAGAAAAUCAGAUAUAUGUCAGAUCCACAUCAUGUGCAUCAGAUUUUAAAGAGACCACACUGCUUUUGAAGUGAAACCUGCGAAAGCCUGUCACUUCUCUAGUCGCUGAUUAACUUUUGUAGCUUGAAUACAGAUUAUUCUGUAUAGUAUAUGCAUAUAAAAUGUAUUGUUUAUGUGAAGAUUGUUUUAAAAUCACUCAAAUUAAAAGUUAUAUAUUUCCUAAAAAUAAGAACUAACAUAAUUCAAUUAUACUGUAAUGCUCAAUGGCUAUAAUUAAUAGAUAAAAUUAAGGAAAAAUACAUUUAAUAGAGACACCAGUAGCAGGACAAAUCAGAUUAAAACAUUAAAACAUUGUAAAUAUGUUUAGUCAUUGUAGUAGUAAUAACUGCCUGUUUUUGCAAAAAGUGUUUCAUGGCUGGUGAGAAAAAAUUGGCCGGUAAAUUUUAUCACAUCACUGGCCAUUGGCAGGUUUGGCAAAAAGUUAGUAACAGGCCCUGACAGCAAGAGUGAUGGCUCUGGCUCUGAACCAGCACUUAACUGCCUUGGUGGAAAAGGGAUAUGUGUGAUAUUAAACUGCUUCCAUCAAGAAACAACUAAGACACAAAGCUGAGUGAAAGAAUCUUAUCUCCUUUUUUGACUCACACAGCUCUAAAUGAAACAAAUGAAAGAUGAAAAAUGAAAGAAAAUAUCAGAGUAUGCAAAUGAAUCAAAUUAAUUUAAAAAAAAGAGCUCAGAAGAAAACAUAAAUAUGUCACUUUUAAAGCUUUAUACUUUAAAACUUAUAUGUAUAUAUUUUCCAGUUCAUAUAAUAUGUAUGAUUAUAUAAAUUAUAAAAUUAUUAUAAUUCAUAUAAUAUGAAUAAAUAAUUAGUUGAAAAAAAAAAGCAAUUUUGUCUCUAAAAUUCUGUGACUGUAAACUGCUUUAAUUGAAGUGAGAUAUAAGUGGCUUUAUUGCAAAGCUGAUUGGUCCGAUUUGGGUUUGUGUCUCUAACCCAGGAUAAAACCUGCUCUGGAGCAGGGUAGCCGUGUAGCUACCAUGGUGACCAAAAGUGGUCAAAACCAACCCACCAUACUUAGCCUGAAACAUCAGAGUUCAAACUAAAUCUGAACUUACCUGGGUAAAAAAGGAAACAGGCCUCAGAUCAGCACUGGCCUUCAAAACACUAUUACAAAAGUCAAAGGCUGU